AUGUCCAAGAUCCUCCACACCGCUGUCCUUCUCGCGGGCCUCGUUGCCCAGGUCUCCGGCCACACUGCUGUCGAGAGCGCCGAGAUCGGCGGCAAGACCUACCAGGGCUUCCGCGGUCUGUCCAUUGAUGAUGCUCUCGAGGGAAACUCGCCUGCCUGGAAGACCAACCAGGGCUGGGGCUACCAGCCUGUGAUGGGUAGCCAGAUCAACAAGCCCGACAUCAUCGCCCACAAGGACGCCACACCCUCUCCCAACACCGCCGAGGCCCCUGCCGGCUCCAAGGUCACGUUCCACUGGCACCACAAGGGCCAGUGCCAAGCCGGUAAUGAGGAGGGCUGGGACUGCUCCCACCACGGCUGGACUGCCACCUACCUCGCUGCUUGCAACGGCGACUGUUCCAAGGUCGACAAGACGCAGCUCGAGUUCUUCAAGAUCGACCAGGUCUCUCUGACCGGCUACCCUGCCGGCACCCGCUUCGCAAAGGGCGACCCGCGCGAGCAGACGGGCAAAUGGGGCACCGACGCCAUCUUCUACGACAACGGCAACGCCCACACGGUCACCAUCCCCGGCGAGAUCCCCUCGGGCAACUACGUGCUGCGCACCGAGGUGGCCUCGAUCCACAACAACGGCGGCGUCUCCGAGAGGCAGUUCUGGCCUCAGGCUUUCAAUGUCUUCGUCAGCGGAGGAGAUGACAGCAAGCCAGUUCCCAAAGGUGUCAAGGGAACUGAGAUUUACUCUCCCAAGGAUGAGCUGCUUACCUGGGACCUGUACUGGCACGACGCCGGCAAGACGAUUGACGAUGCCCCCGGCCCUGCGCUCGCCUCUGUCGCUGUCGCUAGCAACACUCGCCGUCACGCAAGGGACUUCACCAACUAA